CUAGUGGGCGCCUGUCAUUAUUUUCCUAAGGGGAGCUGCGCAGUGAGUCCAGUUGCGGACUGGGCGGGCGCGGGAGGCCACGGGAUGCGAGUUCGUGGAAGGGAAGUGUAGACUCUGGAUGAGCCUGCCCUGGUCUGCAUGGGCAGUGGAGAGAUGGCCACCCAGCCGCUGACAACCAACGCCCUGGGGUCGGUGGGGUUCAGAGAUGUGAUCGUGGACUUCACCCAGGAGGAGUGGCAGCAGCUGCAGCCUGCGCAGAAGGACCUGUACAGGGACGUGAUGAUGGAGACCUACUGGAACCUGGUCUCGCUGGACUUGGAGACCACACCUGACAUCAAAGAAUCAGACCCACAGGAUGAUGUCUUGGAAGACAGACCAUCUGCUGUGGUGGUGGCAGAAGAAUCACCGAGGACCGGUUCCACCUGUGAAGGAGCUGGGACACAGAGUGACCAGGCGGGGUGUGGACAGGGGAGCCUAGGGACCUGUCUGGGGCAGUUGGACAUGUCCCAAGCAUUAGCCCCAGAAUGUCAUGAAUUUAAGGCAUUUGUCCACCAAAGCCCCAGGCUGGCCCCACUGAGAUCCGAAGGACUGAAAGGAGCGGGAACUCACAUGUUCACCAUGUGUGGGAAGGACUCAGGUACUUCAAGCCUCCCUUCUCCCUCCAAACUUUGUGCAGAGAAGAAGCCCUACAAGUGUGCGGACUGUGGCAAGGCUUUCAGAUAUAACUCGUGCUUGAUGAAGCACCAACCAGUCCACACUGGGGAGAAGCCCUUCUCUUGCACCACUUGUGGGAAGCAGUUCACCCGGCAGUUUUAUCUCACCAUCCACCAGCGGGUACACACAGGGGAGAAGCCCUAUGUGUGUGGGGAGUGCAGCAAGGCUUUCAGCUAUAACUCAUCCCUGAAGAAUCACCAACGAAUCCACACUGGGGAGAAGCCCUUCUCAUGUGCCACGUGUGGGAAGAAAUUCACCCAGCAGUCGUGCCUCACCAUCCACCAGCGGGUACACACGGGGGAGAAGCCACAUGCAUGCAGGGACUGCGGCAAGGCCUUCUGCAGGAAGAAGCACCUCAUCGUGCACCAGAGGACACACACCGGGGAGAAGCCAUAUGUGUGUGGGGAGUGCGGAAAGGCCUUCAGCCAGAAAAUGCACCUCGUCCUGCACCAGAGGACACACACUGGGGAGAAGCCGCACAUGUGCGCCGUGUGUGGGCGUGCCUUUAGCCAGAGCGUGCACCUGAUGGAGCACCAGCGGGCGCACACCGGGGAGAAGCCAUUCGAGUGUGGAGACUGCGGCAAGGCCUUUCACAAGAGCUCGUCCCUCGUGCUGCACCACGGGUCCCGUGUGGGCGAGGGGCCGUACACCUGCGGCCAGUGCGGCAAGGUCUUCAGGUGGAAGGCCUGCCUCAUCCAGCACCAGCGCGUCCACAUGGGGGUGAAGCCCUUUGAGUGCAGCGUGUGUGGCAAGACUUUCAGCAAGAACUUCUUCUUCACGCAGCACCUGCGCGUGCACACGGGGGAGAAGCCAUACGGAUGCACCAUCUGCCAAAAGCGCUUCGUGGCGCGCUCCUCCCUGCAGGCACACCAGACUGGCCACACUGGCGAGAAGCCCUACAAGUGCGGCCAGUGCAGCAAGGCCUUCAGCCACAAAUCCUCCCUCAAGGAGCACCGGCGUGUGCACACUGGGGAGAGGCCCUACGAGUGCUCCAUCUGCCAAAUCCACUUUGCUGCGCGGGCGUCCCUGGUGGCACACCAGGCCAGCCACGCCAGGGAGAAGCCCUACAAGUGCAGCCAGUGCGGCAAGGCCUUUAGCAAGAACGCCUCCCUCAGGGAGCACCAGCACGUGCACACCGGGGAGAAGCCCUACAAGUGCUCCCUCUGCCCGAUGCGCUUCUCUGGGCGCUCCUCCCUGGUGGCACACCAGGCCAGCCACACUGGCAAGAAGCCCUACAAGUGCGGCCAGUGUGGCAAGGCCUUCAGCCAGGGUGCCUACCUCAUCCUGCACCAGCGCAUCCACACCGGCGAGAAGCCCUACAAGUGCGGUGAGUGCGGCAAGGCCUUCAUCAGGAACUUUUCACUCACCCUCCACCGGCGGACCCACACGGGAGAGAAGCCCUAUGAGUGUGGCAAGUGUGGGAAAACCUUCAGCGGAAACUCGUCCCUGAUGAAGCACCAACGAAUCCACACUGGAGAGAAGCCCUUCUCAUGCUCCACUUGUGGGAAGCAGUUUAUCCAGCAGUCGUGCCUCACUAUCCACCAGCGUGUGCACACAGGAGAGAAGCCGUUUGUGUGUGGGGACUGCAGCAAGGCCUUCAGCCGGAAGAGGAACCUCAUCUUGCACCAGAGGACACACACCGGGGAGAAGCCAUAUGCAUGUGGGGACUGCGGAAAGGCCUUCAGCCAGAACACGUACCUCAUCUUACACCAAAGGACGCACACCGGGGAGAAGCCAUAUGUGUGUGGGGACUGCGGAAAGGCCUUCAGCCAGAAAAUGCACCUCGUCCUGCACCAGAGGACACACACUGGGGAAAAGCCCUUCUCGUGUACUACGUGUGGGAAGCAGUUCACCUGGCAAUCAAGCCUCACCAUCCACCAGCGCUUGCACAUCGGGGAGAAGCCAUAUGCUUGUGCAGACUGUGGCAAGGCUUAUGGCUGUAACUCAUCCCUGAAGAGGCACCAACAAAUCCAUUCUGGCGAGAAGCCCUUCUCCUGCACCACAUGUGGGAAGCAGUUCACCCAGCAGUCGUGCCUCACCAUCCAUCAGCGUAUCCACACAGGGGAGAAGCCCUACAAGUGCAGCCAGUGCGGCAAGACCUUUAUCAAGAACUCCUCACUCACAGAGCACUGGCGUGUGCACACUGGUGAGAAACCAUAUGCAUGCAGGGACUGCGGGAAGGCUUUCAGCCAGAAACAGUACCUCAUCGUGCACCAGAGGACACACACUGGCGAGAAGCCAUACAUGUGUGGGGAGUGCGGCACGGCCUUUAGCAAGAACUCCUCACUGAUGGAGCACCUGCGUGUGCACACUGGGGAGAAGCCGUACGUGUGUGCGGACUGCGGCAAGGCCUUCAGUCAGAACAAGCACCUCAUCCUGCACCAGAGGAUGCACACAGGAGAGAAGCCCUACGAGUGUUCCAUCUGCAAAAUGCAAUUUGCAAGGCCCUCGUCCCUGGCUACUCACCAGGCCAGCCACACUGGCAAGAAGCCCUACAAGUGCAGCCAGUGUGGCAAGGUCUUCAGCCAGGGUGCCUACCUCAUCCUGCACCAGCGCAUCCACACCGGCGAGAAGCCCUUCAGGUGCAGCCAGUGCGGCAAGGCCUUUGUCAGGAACUACUCACUCACCCUCCACCGGAGGAUCCACACAGGAGAGAAGCCCUACCAGUGUGGCAGCUGCGGGAUAACCUUCAGCCGGAACUUCAACCUCACGCAACACCAGAGGAGGAUGCACACGUAGCUGGGGGGGAAGCGGCGGAUGUGACAUUUCAGAAUCCACACCCAAUGGGUGGAUUCUUAGUGCUUACAGCAGUGCUAGACUUGACAUUAGAGCCCUUGGGCUUGGGUAGGACUCAAGAGGUCCUGCCUAGACAGAUCUUAGCAGUAUGGGGACAGGCCGCGCCAUGUACACCAGCUGCUUCCAGUGCAUCCACAGGGCCAUAUGGAAAGGAAGUCCCCCUACAGGUCUAGUAUCUGGGCAUGUGGCCAGAGCACUGUGACUCAUCAUCUAGCUGCAGGAAACUGCUCUAAGAGCCUGGACAAUGCAUUUAGUGUCUCUGGGUCUCCAUCUCCUGGAUAGUAAAGUGGAGGAAUGGGAAGAGAAAGGAAAUCAGGAGGUGGGCUCCAGGGAGACAUUCUCCCCUUGUCACACAUGCCUGGAUCUAGUUCAGAGGUCAGGUUAUCGCCAUCUGUGGGUUUCCUCAUUUUUCCCUACACCCAGCCCCUGGUUUCCCUGCAACAGUAGAAGUUGCCAAGUGGUUCAUGAGAGCGGAAAUAUUUUUUUUCAGUGUUAGGGAAUAAAAGCAAUCACUUCAGA